AUGGGAGAAGUCCCGAGGGUUACAUUGAAGGAGUUGGGCACUAUGGGUGCUUACAAGUAUGAGAGCGGGAUUUCUCCAUUAUUGAUCGGAGAUAGUGAUUUUGAAAUCAAGCCGGCAAUGAUAAUUUUGAUUGAAAGGCGGCAAUAUAGUGCAGGAAUAUAUGAAAGUCCUCUUAAUCAUCUUAAGGAGUUCGAGAAUUAUUGCAACAAAAUUAAGGUGAACAGGGUUGCUCAAGAAUUCAUAAGGCUCAAGCUAUUUCCUUUCUCUCUAAUUGGAAGAGCUCAAGAGUGGCUAGACAAGGAAGUGAAGCCUAAUUCUUUGAGAACUUGGGAUGGAGUCACCAAAGAAUUCUUUUCCCGUUUCUUCCCUCAAAAGAACACGACGGAGGCAAGAGUUUUGAUUCAAGGUUUCAAGCACAGGUCUAGUGAAAGCCUCUAUGAAGCAUGGGAGAGAUACAAAGAGUAUCAACGCGAGUGUCCUCACCAUGGAAUCCCCACUUACCUAAUCAUUCAAAUAUUUUAUAGUAGUUUGAGUCCUCAAGGGAGGUCAAGUUAUGAUGCCGGAGCUGGAGGCCCAAUCAUGAACAAGACCGAGGAGGAGGUUGUAGAUAUCAUUAAGAAUGUAGUUAGACACUACAUGGAAUGGCAAGAUGGUGAGAAAGAGCCGAUAAACAAGAGUAGCACUGCGGGAUGCUCAUUUGAACAACUUAAUGCUAUUAACAAUUUGUCAACUCAAAUUUCGGACAUAGGGAAGAGUUUCUUGGAGGAUAUCAUAGAGAAGCAAGCCAAAUUGUUGAACACCUACAUGUUCCUAAGUAAUGAGAAGUUCAAUGACAUGUUGACUUACCAUAAGGGGAGUGGUAAGGUACUUGAGAUUAAGGUUUCUAAGAAGAGUGUUGCUAAAGAGAGUCCUAGCAAGAGUCAAAUUGAGAUUGAGGAAGAUGAGAACCCUUUGGUUGAGGAAGUUUCUAAGGAACAAGUUGAGAAGGUGAAAGAUAAAGAAAAAGUAGUCUACAAGCCCAAGCUCCCUUACCCCAAAAAGUUUAAUAGGCACAAAUUGGAUGAGCAAUUUGGGAAAUUUAUAGAGAUUCUUAGACAAAUUCAUCUUACUUUUCAUUGCACCGAUGUGAUAGAACAAAUGCCUAAUCAUGCCAAGUUCCUUAAGGAGAUCUUGAGUGGAAAUAGGACAUGUGAUGUGGCGAAAACGGUUAGCUUGACCGAGAAUGGUAGUGCAAUCAUAAUGAACAAAAUUCCACCCAAGUUGAAGGAUCCCGGAAACUUUUCUAUACCUUUUGCUAUUUAUAAAAUGCAAAUUGAUAAUGCUUUGUGUGACUUAGGAGCUAGUGUUAGCAUUAUGCCAUACUCGGUUUAUCAAAGACUAGAGAACAGAGAACUUUUACCUACCAACAUUACCUUGCAAUUAGCCGAUAGAUCAAUUAGGAUUCCAAGGGGUAAGGUGGAGGAUGUUCCCUUAAGGGUAGGAAAGUUCAUCAUUCUGGUAGAUUUUAUGGUCCUUGAGAUAGAUGAGGAUUCUACAAUUCCUAUUAUUUUUGGUAGACCGCUUCUUUCUACUUCGGGUGUUUUGAUUGAUGUCAAAAGUGCUAAGAUUUCACUAAAAAUUGGAGAUGCGGGAGUUGAAUUUGAUUUGAAUGAAAGUAUGAAAUAUCCUUCUUCAUCUCUUGAGAAUUGCGUGAGAGUUAAAAUUUUAGAUAAUCUUGUACAUUCCAUGCAUGAGCACUUGCUCACAACUAAUGAUCCUCUCGAGUGCGUUUUGUUGAAUAAGAAAAAGAUAGGUGCUCCUAGCAAGGAAAUGUCUUUGUAUUAG